GACCGCGCGCGAGGAGCGGGGCCACUCAGCAGCGCCGAGAGCCCGCGGAAAAACCUCCGCUGCCCCGGCGCUCCUCCCGUCGCCGUGCGGCGUCUCCAGCCAGAGGACCGCGUUACCUGCGCCCGGCGCGGGAGGAAAAUGGCUCAAACUCUUGCACCAGCAACAUCCAUCCAUGAUGAGGAAUCCUUGGAAAGCAGAAUGGUGGUUACAUUCCUCAUGUCAGGACUUGAAUCAAUGUGUAAAGAACUUUCCAAGUCCAAGGCAGAAAUUGCCUGUAUUGGUGUAUAUGCAAGAAAUGUUUUUGUUGUUGGCACUGAGAGAGGAAAAGCCUUUGUCAACGCUAGAGAAGAUUUUAAGACGGAUUUUAUUGAAUACUGUGUUACAGAAGACAGGCCUCCAGAACUGCAGAAAACAAAGACUACACCACCUGUAAACAAACAGACGGUGGAUGCUGAGGAGCUGGAGGCUCUUAGAAAGUCUGUGGAGGAGUUUUUCUGCUUUUCCUAUGGUAAAGCUUUAGGAAAGUCAACAGCAGUACCUGUGCCAUAUGAAGAGAUUCAGAGGAACCAGUCUGCUGUGAUAGUGCAGGGCCUGCCUGAAGGAAUCACUGUUAAACAUCCAUCAAAUUAUGAUGUUUCCACCCUGAAAUGGAUUUUGGAAAAUAAAUCAGAGAUCUCAUUUAGUAUCAGCAGGCCUAUCCUAGAACCAAAGAAACAGAUCGAAGCUGAUGUGACAGAUCCUUCACCUUCAGUUAUACCCCCAUGUGAAAGUUGUCCACCUGUUAAUGUGAAAACGGAACCAAGCAAGGAUUCUGAGACAAACGAGGAUCAUGGAAUUUCUUCCAAAAUGUCAACAGUAACAAUGAAGCAGGAAAGAGAUGAUCCUAACUACUAUCAAUUUAAUACUCCAGCAGGCCCUUCCAAAACAUCAGAGAAAGAAGAAAAAAUUGCUCCUGAAAAAAGUUACACAGAGCCCUCCCAGCCUGACUUGUCAGACACAAGUGAGGAUUCUGAGGCUGAGUUCAGUAACGAAGAUGAUGUUGAUGUUGGUGAUGAUAAUGACGGUGAUGAUGACUAUCUGCCCAGUGAAGGGAUCCUGAGGAGCCCCAGUUCGGCUGCUGAAGCUGCCAGUACUGGGAGAAGAAAUGCAGAAGAAUUUAAUUUUAAGGCCUCCCACCAUGACUUACCAGAAAUAAGCGAGAAACCUGAGGUUGAGGUCACCAUAGAAGAAGAUGAUGAUGACUACCUACCACCUGACAAGAGACAGAAGAGCACCAAGUUAGCUAAUGAAGCUGCCUGUACUGGAAGAAGAAAUGCAGAAGACUUGAAUUCUGAUUCCUCCCAACAUGACUCAUCAGAAGCAAGUGAGGAUUCUGACGCUGAAAUCACUAGUCAAGAAGACGAUGAUGAUGAGUACCUGCCGCCUAGCAAGAGAAAGAGGAGGAUGAACACCAGGUCGGCUAAGGAAACUGCCAAUAGAAGGAGAAGAAAAUCAAAAUAUUUCAACUGCAACUCCUCCCAACAUGACUUGUCUGAAAAAACUGAAAAUCCUGAGGUUGAGGUCACUGUUGAUGAUGAUGAUGAAGAAUACCUAUCAGCUGAAAAGAAAAUGAAGACUGAAAUUUUGGCAAAUGAAUCUGCCGAUGCUGAGAGAGGAGAAAUCAUUGAGUUCAGUCUUGACGGUGAAAAGGGAAGUGGCAGAACUAUGGUGUGCCUGGAAUCCCCCAGGUUAGCUGGAGCUGAUGAAGAUUCCUCCCAGCAUGAAUCAUCAGAAGGAAGUGAGGUUUCUGAGGCUGAACUCAGUAGUGAAGAUGAUGAUGACUACAUACCCCGUGAGAGGAGACAGAGAAGCCCCAAGUCAGGUAACGACUCGGGCAGUAGUGGGAGAAGCAGAGGAAUACAGUUCAAUUUUGACAAAUGGAAUACACGAAUUACUGACUUGAGAAGGGAAGUUGAAGAGCUGUUUGAUAAAAAAUAUGGUGAGGCUAUAAAAGCAGAGGGUCCAGUGUCUGUCCCAUACACAACCUUCCAUUCACAUCCAGAAGAUUUAGUUGUGGAGGGGCUGCCAGAUGGGAUUCCCUUCAGGCGCCCAGCCACGUAUGGCAUUCCCCGGCUGGAGAGGAUCCUUCUGGCAAAGGAGCGGAUCCGCUUUGUGAUUAAGAAGCCUGAACUUCUGAAUUCGACAGAUGCUCCCGUGGUCAAUACAGUUCCAGCAGUCUCAAAUACAGUGAAAGAGGACUGGCAUUCCAGAGUCACCAAACUGAGAAAGAUGGUAGAUCAACUUUUCUGCAAAAUGUAUGCCAAGGCUUUGGGGAGCAGUGAUCCCAGAGCUGUUCCAUACAAGAAAUUUGAAGCUCAUCCAAAUGACCUCUAUGUUGAAGGGCUGCCAGAGAACGUCCCCUUCAGGAGUCCCUCCUGGUAUGGAAUCCCUUGCCUUGAACAAAUAAUUAAAGCAGGCCACAGAAUAAAAUUUGUGAUCAAAAGGCCAGAGCUGCUAACUCACGCUUCAAACGAAGGUAUCCCGCACAGGUCAAACCCUCAAGCAAGAGAAGAUUGGAAUUCCAAGAUCACAAAGCUAAGAAAGCAAGUAGAAGAUAUAUUUAGUGUGAAGUUUGCUGAAGCUCUGGGGCUUUCAGAGGUUUCAGAUUCAGUGAAAGUUCCCUAUUCUGUGUUUGAAUCACACCCUGACUCCUUGGUGGUGGAAGGCUUGCCAGAAGGAGUCCCCUUCCGGAGUCCCACGUGGUUUGGAAUUCCACGCCUCGAAAGAAUCAUCCGUGCGAGUACCAAAAUCAAAUUUAUUAUUAAGAAGCCUGAGCUUAUCAUUUCCCAUUUGCCUCUAAGACUGGCUAGUAAACUAAAGAAAAAAGGAAUUGGUCCUUCCAAAGAUCAAAGGACUUCCAAAAGGUCACGAAGCUCUUCAGAAAAUUCAAGUGUCCCGGAGAUUGAAGUUACUAUUGAAGACAGUCCUAAAAAAGACCAAACCACAAAUGCAGAAACUAAUUCUCAUACCGAUGACUCCAAUGAAAAUUUGAAGCCACAAGGAAGAGAGUUUUCUUUUGAGCUCUGGAAUGCCAAAAUCAAUGACUUGAAGCAGAAAGUAGAAGAUCUUUUUAAUGAAAAAUGUGGGGAAGCUCUGGGACGCAGUGGGCCAGUGAAGGUGCCAUAUGCACUGUUUGAUUCCUACCCAGAGGAUUUCCAUGUGGAAGGACUGCCUGAGGGCGUGCCCUUCCGCCAGCCUACGACUUUUGGGAUUCCAAGACUAGAGAAAAUCCUGAGAAAUAGACCCAAAAUAAAAUUUAUUAUUAAAAAGCCUGAGGUGCUUGAGGCAGCUAUCAAAGGAAGGUCUGAUAGAAGCACCCAAGGAAAAAAUAAUUCCUCCAGUAAAGCCAAUACAGCAAGGACCACAAAAAACACAGUGAAAGCAUCUGAAGAUGUUGAAGACCUAAACAUUGUUAAAGUAACCAUAAAAGAUGAUGAAAGUGAGCGACUGCCAAAAGCAGAAAAUGCCAGACAAUUGAGAGAGCAAGUAAAUGAUCUUUUUAGCCAGAAAUUUGGUGAAGCCACUGGUAUGAAUUUUCCUGUGAAAGUUCCAUACAGAAAAAUCACUAACAACCCUGGCUGUGUGUUGGUGGAUGGAAUGCCUCCAGGUGUGGCAUUUAAAGCACCCAGUUAUCUGGAACUCAGCUCAAUGAGGAAGAUUUUGGAUUCAGCAGAGUCUAUCAAGUUCACUGUCAUUAGACCAUUUCCAGGACUUGUGAUUAACAAUCAGCUGCUAGAAGAAGCUGAAGCAGAAGCACCAGCAGCAGCCACUAGCACAGCAGUACUACCAGAGCCAGCUGAACCAAGCCAUAUAGAAGUAUCUCUAGGAGAUAACACAGAAACAGAAGAAAAGUUUCAGCUAAAGCAUGAACCAGACCUGACGUCAUAGACCUCAUCCAUACUGGAAGCUGCCCCUUCUGAGAGGAGCCUGCUCGGCCUGUCUAGAGCUGUGUAAUAUAACUGUAUAAGAGAAGUAUCUUCUAUACAAACCCUUUUGUACUAUUAUAUAAAAUGUCUACUUUUUCAGCAGUUCUGUGAAUUGACCUAAUAAUGACUGUAGAUUUGGAUUGUCUGAGUUUACUUUGGAAUAUAUUUUAACGAAUAAAUUUGAUGCAGCGGUGCUGGGGAGAUGGCAGGGAUUAUAAUCAACAGGGACUUAGCUCAGGCUGUCUGUACUUUCCAAUAAAGCUGAAUUUCACUGUACCUGAAUGCAUCCUAACUUUUGUAAUGAAAAAUUCCUGCAAAGAGUUCAGUUUGUUUACUUUGAAGAAAAAAUCCUCUACAUUAAUUUUCAGCUAUUAAUGUCUCAUUGGACAACAGUAUCUGUAUAUUUGAGUUAUUUUUUCCUAUUAUAUCUAUUACAAUUAAUAUGUUUUUCCUAAAUAAAAGAUUAAAUUAUC